CGAGAGGGGCAAACCGCGACAGGGAUGUCGGGAAGCCGACUACUGAGGAGGGCGCAGUGUACACUGCACCGUGGCUAGGAGGCACCGCGGGGAUGCGAGGCGUCGAGGGGGGCCUGAGCACGACGCUGGCGGGAAAGGUCAGCGUAGUGGCGGUUGAGGGCGGCAGUGUAAGGGCACCGCGAGGAGGUAUGGCCGUCCUGGUGGCAUCGCAAACACACACGCCGACCCAAAAUUGCCACACGCUCCUCAGCGGAAACGCCGGAAAGAACACCGCGAGGAGGGACAAAGCCCUGAGGGAGCUCCUGUUGAGGGACCUCGGAGGGCGAUGCGCCAGAGUGACCGGGGCAGCUGCGUGCCCGGGAGAGGGCAGAGAGGAUGAGCUGGAGGCGCUCGGCCAUAGGGAGAGUAGAGUCCUCCAGGUGGUAGUGGACGGCCUCGCCGAGGUCGAGGUCGUCGCUAUGGUCACCCUUUGGCGACAGAGGGGCAACAACGUCCUGCUCACCAUACUCGAGUACGCUGAAGCGGCGCGAGGAGUGGCGAUCCUGCUGCGCAGAACGGCGGGGGCGACCGUGGAAAGGGGAACGACGCUGGAAAGUGUCGUGAGAGGAGGAGGGGGCAUAACCAGUACGCUGAGGUUGGGAGGAGGAAGUAUGUUGAAGACGGGCCCGCAUCCGUUGAUGGUCCCUGGCGGCCUCGUAAGCCUGCGGGGCCGAUGUGAACUCGUAACGCCAUAGCUCGGAGCGGUACUUAAGGGGAAGGUUGGCCAAGAAACGAUCGAUAAGGGCAGCCUCGAGAAGGAACUCCACAUC